CGGGGACGGAGAGAGUCGGAGCGUUCCGCGUCGGGUGUGUUGUGCGCGCUGUUACAGCGACUCUGGAUAUCACUUCGCCUUGCGGUGGUGUUAGACAUUGUGAAUAACUCUGAGUGAGCUGAGAGAACGCAAUUUGAGCCUGUGCUCGCGGACGGCCCGCGCGGUGGAGCUCUUUGUGACGCGGCUGCGGGCUUCGGGGAGCGGCCAGCGUCGCGAGGCCACGGCGGACAGAGAAUCACCGGUGAAAGCGGGCCUGGACUGCCCCCACAAAGGCGCUCCGCUCGCGCUCCGGCGUGUGAGACCGUUCCCAGCGCGAGAAUUUCUGCUCGGCUGGCCGAGCGAACAACAGUGAGAGCACUCCGUGCCGGCGGGGAGCGCCGGCUGGGCGGCGCGGCGUCACCGGCCGCCGCUCUCCAGGUACCGUUGGCCGUCCGAGCGGCGGUCGUGAGUAGGAAGGAAGGCGGCGCCUGCGGGUCGGGCGGAACCGGCGCCUUGCCCGAGGCGUCCCAGAGACCGGCGGACGCGGCAGGCGGCGCGAUGCGGUGGCGGCGAGCGAUGGCCGCCGUGCCGGUGCUGCUGCUGCUGCUCAUGCCGGCCGUUCAGGGCGAGGGCAAAUGUCCGGAGGGCUGCCAGUGCAUCUGGAAGUACGGCCGACAGGCGGUGGAGUGUCAGAACGCCCAACUGCAGGCAGUGCCGGACGGACUGGACGUGGGCACUCAGGUGCUGGACCUGUCCGGGAACGAGCUGCGGGAGCUGCCGGCCGAGGUGUUCCGACGCGCCGGCCUGGUGAACCUGCAGCGCGUCUACCUGGCCAACUGCCGGCUGGGACGCGUCGCCGACACCGCGCUGGCCGGCCUCACUAACCUGAUCGACCUUGACCUCUCCGGAAACAAGCUGACCUCCGUGCCGCAGGCGGCGCUGCGCAGCGUGCCCGCCCUGCGCGAGCUCAAGCUGGCUAACAACCCCAUCCAGCGGGUGACUGCUGACGCGUUCGCCGCCGUGCCGGGUCUUGUGAAGCUGGACCUGAGCGACUGCCAAAUCCUGGAGGUGGAGACGCCGGCGUUCGACGCUCUCAACAUCCUCGAGAUCCUCAAGAUAAGCGGUAACCGUCUUCGUGAGCUCGCUGAGCCAACUGUGAUGGCUCUGCGCAGUCUGCACAACGUCGAGCUGCACGCCAAUCCAUGGGAGUGCGACUGCCGGCUGCGACCGAUGCGCGACUGGCUUCACCGUCAGAACGUGCCGUACCCGAUCGCACCGACGUGCCACGGGCCGCCGCGGCUGGCCGGCCGCACGUUCGAGCAGCUGCGUCCCGAGGAGUUCGCGUGCCGUCCGCAGCUGCUGCCCAUGGUGCGCCAGCUGGCCGUCACCGCGCGUCAAAACGUCACCCUGACGUGCCGCAUCAGCGCCGAGCCGGCGGCCAGCGUCAGCUGGUUCUGGCGGGGCCAGCAGCUGGACAACAGCACCAUACUGCCGGGCGGGCGGCGGCCGCGGGUCGUCCAACAGGGCGGCGCCGAGCGCGUCAGCCGCCUCAUCAUCCCGGCGGUCAGCGCCGGAGACGCUGACGGCGAGUUCGUCUGCGUGGGCGCCAACCGAGCCGGCGACGCCGAGACGAGCUUCACGCUGUCGGUGGGCGAGCCGGAGCCGGUGGUGCAGCCGUCCGACGCCGGCAUGGUGGCCGGCCUGGUGGUGGGCCUGCUGCUGCUCCUGCUGGUGAUUGCCGUCUGCGCCAUCCUGCUGGUGCGCCGCCUGCGCCGCCGUCAGGACCAGGAGGCCAAGAGCAAGCCGCCGCCGCCGUCCGGGCUCGGGAGUGUUGUCACCGUGGAGACGGCGCCUGACGACGAUGUGAACCCGGUGCAGAAGCCGCCGCGGCUCACGGAGCUCGGCUACGGCUCGCCGGCGGUGUACGUCCGCUCGGCGCCCGACCUCAUCAACGAAAUCGACGGACGUCGGCCCGCCGAGUACGGCAGCCUGGCCGGCUACGGAGCCACGCCCGCCUACGGCACCGCGCCCGUGUACGGCGGUACGCCCGUGUACGGCACGACUUCAGCCUACGGCGGCACGCCCCUGUACGGCAGCAGCACGCCGUACGGCCCGGCGCCGGGCGGUGAGGGCAGUACGGCCGGCUACGGCGCCACGCCCGUGUACACCGGCGGCGGCCACGUCAACCACCUGGCCGACGAGAGCUACGAGUUGCAGCAGCUCGGCUCGCCAGCGGGCUCCGAGCUGGGCCGCUCGGCCGACCCGGCCGUCUACGGCUACCCGGCCGACUUCGGCCUGCCGAUGCCGGAGCUGGGCAGCCCGCAGCCGGCGGUGGCCGACGGCCUGCGCCCCCUCUCCACCUCCUCGGCAGAGUUCGACCUGAGCACCUCGCGGGACAGCGUCGGCUCGGCGGGCCGGCGCCGCUGGCAGGGCGGCGGUCCGGCAGACAGGGUCGGCCAGCCGGCGGGCACCGAUGUCUGAGGCGGGCCCGGCGGAGAGCCAGCGCGGCCGGCGAGCGGCGCGCGGGUCACAACAAAACGGUCCGCGCGCCGCCUCCAGUGUCGCAAUAAGCCAAAGUGACGUGACAGAGCAGCAGCGGCGGCCGCAGAUCGGACUGGCCAGUAGCGCGGCCGGCCAGAGACGCGCCUGUUCGCGGCAGCAGCUGCUGUGUUUGCUGGUGUGAGUGACGUGCGCGCGAGUGUGGUAACUGGCAGUGAACUGACCGAGCGAUCAGCGUGUCCGCCGCGUCAAGGACAACUGCGGCACGCCCCGCCCCGUCAGUCGGUGUCACUCAGUGUCAGAGUCUGUUACGAACCGUUACGGACGUUUGAGGUGGUAGUGUAUCAACAAGCCAGGAGAGACAGACCGUUGUCGCGCGUCGCUGAGUGAUGUCGGCGCGUCCUGUGCGGCUGACGACCGGCGGUCGCGGGUCGCAGGGUCGGCCGGUCGGGGCCGCCGAUCGUGAUUCGCAGCACGUCGGCGCGCUCUGGCCGACCGACCCGGUGAGCCAGGCGCCGCUGGCGCGCUGAUUCAAUGUGGUGUCGUCGUGUCCUCGGCUAGCGGAGAGCGAGCCGGCAGCGCGCCCGCCGCCCCUCCUAGUAUUGGUAUAUCUAGUCAGACGGACACCGUCGGAGCGCAUCUCUCUAACUAUAUUGUGUUACGCGGUCGACUGUCGCAAUCACAGCAUAUUUUAAAUAAAGAGCCUCUUUGUAUA